GGUUCUGUGUGCGCCCGCCCAGUUUCCUCGGGACCUCCGAGUUGAGGACGCUCGUGGCGACCUCCGCGUGAAAAUGAACGGGACGCGGAACUGGUGUACCUUGGUGGACGUGCACCCGGAGAGCCAGACCGCGGGCAGCGUGGACAUUCUCAGGCUGACUCUCCAGAGUGAACUGACAGGAGAUGAACUUGAGCACAUAGCCCAGAAGGCGGGCAGGAAGACCUAUGCCAUGGUGUCUGGCCACGCCUCAGGUCAUUCUCUGGCUUCAGAACUGGUGGAGUCCCAUGAUGGCCAUGAAGAGAUCAUUAAGGUGUACUUGAAAGGGAGGUCUGGGGACAAGAUGAUCCACGAGAAGAACAUCGACCAGCUCAAGAGUGAGGUCCAGUACAUCCAGGAGGCCAGGAACUGCCUGCAGAAGCUUCGGGAGGACAUAAGUAGCAAGCUUGACAGGAGCCCAGGAGACCCUCUGCAUCAGCAGGAGAUACAGGUGGUACUAGAAAAGCCAAAUGGCUUUAGUCAGAGUCCCAUGACUCUCUACAGUAGCCCAUCUGAGGUGGACGCCAGCAUGAGUGAAGAUGUUGAGAGCUUGAAGAAGACCGUGCAGGAGUUGCUUGCCAAGCUGCGGGAGGCCGAGCAGCGACACCAGUCAGACCGUGUGGCUUUUGAGGUCACCCUCAGCCGGUAUCAGCGAGAAGCAGAACAAAGUAAUGUGGCCCUUCAGAGAGAAGAGGACAGAGUGGAACAGAAAGCGGCAGAAAUCGGGGAGCUGCAGAGGCGCUUGCUGGGGAUGGAGGCGGAGCAUCAGGCCUUACUGGUGAAAGUCAGGGAAGGAGAGAUGGCCCUAGAAGAUCUUCGGAUCAAGAGCGCUGACUGUCAAGCAGAAAGAGAAAAGUCUGCUGCUCUAGAAAAGGAAGUGGCUGGGUUUCGGGAGAAGAUCCACCACUUGGAUGACAUGCUGAAGAGCCAGCAGCGGAAAGUUCGGCAGAUGAUAGAGCAGCUCCAGAAUUCUAAAGCUGUGAUCCAGUCAAAGGAUGCCACCAUUCAAGAGCUCAAGGAGAAAAUUGCCUACUUGGAGGCUGAGAACUUAGAGAUGCAUGACCGCAUGGAACAUCUCAUAGAGAAGCAGGUCAGUCACGGAAACUUCAGCACACAGACCCGUGCCAAGACAGAGAACCUGGGCAGUGUCAGGAUAUCGAAGCCCCCCAGCCCUAAGCCUAUGCCUCUCAUCCGAGUGGUGGAAACCUGAGCUGCCAGGAGAUGGACGCUGCCAUCGCUGUUGCCUCGGUCCUACAGAGAAGCCCUCCACCCCUGUAGGCGGUUGAUACUGACUCUGACUUCCUGACUACCCUGGUGGCCCCAGGUCUUGGGCUCUUGCCCCAGGCUCCUGUCCUCUGCUGGCUGGCAGAUGGGUCAGGAGCGCCUGUCUCCUCGGGACACUGCAGACCUUGGGAAGACAGUCUCCUGUUAGCAGGAACGGAGCAAUAUCUUUAUUCUCAGUUAGUGUUUUUCCAUGUAAGAGAGCCUCCCUGCUGUGUGCACUGGAAUCUAGCUGCCCGAAAGCCAGGCCCUCAUUAAGUCCAGAGAAGUGACAAAAUUUGUCUCAGCCCAAAAAGCUAGAAGCACAGAUGUACAGUGACUGGAGUAUGCGUGUCCUUGGGGGAUGAAGUUCCUUCUGCAAACACAGCUCAGUUCUUAGUAACAAACUGUUUGUUUUUCCACUUGGCUCCACCCUUGUGCCAUGCUGACCGGGGCUGUCUCCAGGCAGUCAGUGGGGGCUCGUUAGCCAGGCCUGGUCUUAGCCAAGGAACCUUGCCUAGUAGAUAGCCUUGCCCUUUUGGGGACACAGGAAUGUACAUUCAGGCAGCAGUUUAUAGUAGGAAGAUUCUCUAGGGCUACAAAUAGUUCAUGGAAGCUCCCCAUCUGUGGGUUUUCCCCUGCGGUGUCCUGAGAGGCACACCUCAGUCUUCCUAACCCAGAGCUGGGAACCGUCUCCUCUGUCAGUCUCAGCAAAACUGCUACUAUAUUUAUUUUGCUAAGUUAUUGCUGGUUUGGCUUACAUCUCAUAACUGAUUUAGUACCAGUGUUCUGCAGCCUUCUGCCGAGGUGUUUGGGUUUACCUGGACGUGGGGAAAGUAUUCUGGUUGGCCUGGUUGGUUUCACAGUGUGGUACUAACUCCCCAUGCCAUCCCUCUAGCUGCUGCUUUUCCGUUCUUUCUCCAGGGCCGACUUGUAACUCAGGAGGCUAGUGUCUGUCCCGGAGCGUGUGCUGUCUGGGGAAUAGGGCAGUCGGGAUUGUUUGGGAGACAGAGGUUCUUCUAAUCUCUCUGAACACUUACUUCUACCCAUAACGGCCUCUAUCCCAGCCCUGAAUGACCCUGCAGCUCGUGGUGUUCCCUAUAGUGUGGUCUAGUAGCCUCAAGAGUAUUCUACUUGGCUCACAACUAGAAGCGUUAAGUCUGUGUGUUUCAAUGUCAGGACUAGGCCCAGAGCCUGGCUUUGUCUGUACAGUGUCCUGAGACUUCAGGCAGAAUGAGGGGGUUGUAGAGGAUCUCCAUGCCCCUUCAAGUUCUUUUCCUGUCUGUGACACAGUCUUUGUAUGGCAACUUUAAUAAAUUAUGCUAACAUGUC